UUACAAUUAAGGACGAAUGCGUUCUUGCAUAAGCACGUCGCAUUCGACUUCGGCAAGCAAGCAAGCCGCUGCGACCAGCAGCAGACAUCCACUUUGCUCGCACAGGUUACAUGUCGCAAGAUUUACAUCAAAUUCUUUACUCAGAUCUAACACGGCGCAUGCUUUCAAGGAAAACCAAGUCGUCAACAGCAGCAAGCAAGUUCAAGGUCGCGACCAAAAAAGCGACAUCUCCGCACUUCUAGGGCUCGUACAAUGGGCCAUCGCGAAUAAAAUCCAAUUUACAGGAUGUAGACCUGACAUAAAAAGCGGCGUGAGAGGCGUUUACGCGACCAGCGCCUGUCGCGCGGGUGACUUGCUAGUCGCGGUUCCGCUGCAAGCAGCGCUGUUCGUGCGACCUGGAGAGCGCUGCCCCUUUCCAGACUUCAUCCCACAACCCAUCUGGGCCAAGCUGCCCUGGUUCGCCCAGCUAGCAUGUAAACUGUUGCAUGAACAGUCCCACGGGUCGGCCUCGCGCUUUGCGGAUUACCUGCCUGCCCUACCCACCCGAGUGGACCUGCCGGCGCUGUGGCCUGCCGAGCAUGUGACUCACCUGCAGUACCCAUACCUCGAGGAAAAGAUCCUAGCCGAGGAGCGGGAGUGGGCCCAACUGUACGACACCCUCGCGCCCCACCUGGCCAGUCGCCGCCUGAGUCGCCAGGACUUGUUUUGGGCGCUCGCAUGCGUCCGCAGCCGCACCUUUGCCGGGCCCCACCUGCCCACACCGCCAGCCGUCAAGCUAGCAGCUGGUGCCGUAGCAGCCCUGGUUGUAGCAAGUACGGUAGCGGGGUUGGCACAGGGGGUGGAUGUAGCUGCUGGUGGUGGCAGUACGGCGACAGUGGCAGUAGCGGCGGCGGCAGCGGUGGCGGCUGGGUUGGGUGUGCCGGUUGCAUGGCAGGGUGCGGAGGUUCGGCGAGCGCAGGAGGGUGGAGUGGGUACUGAGCUCUUUGCGAUGUGUCCCUUCAUCGACAUGUUCAACCAUGACAGCAGGUCAAAGAGCGAAUGUGUGUUCGACCCAUGGCGCCUGCAAUUCGUAGUUGCGGCUGCUCCCGUCGCCGCUGCUGCCGCUGAUGGCAACACCAACACACACAGCAAAGGCAACGACGCUGUUGCAGCUAAAGCAGCCGCCGCAGCAGCAUGUGGCGAGAUCCGUCCCGGACAGCAACUCCUCCUAAACUACGGCAGCCAGUCCAAUGACGCGCUGCUGCAGCGGUACGGGUUCGUACAGCCCAUGGACGACAAUCCGUACGACAGGUACGUGCUGCAGGGCUUUACGUCCAAGCUGGAACGUGUGCUGCUUGCAAUGGUUGCGGUUGAGCUGAAAGCGGUGGAGACGGAGGAGGAGGGGGCGGGCAAGGCGGCUCAUAUGGUGUACGACACAGCUCAGGCAUCGCAAGCAGCGGUUGAGAUACGGGCUGCAGUGCAGAAGCUGCGAGAAGAUCUGCAAGGGGAGGGCCUCCUUGGAGACCAGGUCAUGAUCACGGCUUCCGGCUUCCCACCGCCCAUCACCCAAGCCGUAGCCUCCCUGCGGGUAGGCCUCCUGGCCCGCUGCAAGUCCGGCACCUCACCUCUCGGUCAGCACAGCCCUCAACAGCACGACAGAGCCGUGUCAAACAUCACACCAGAAGCCGUACUGGCUCGCGUGUGCGCGGAGGAGCUGGGAGCCACCGCCACGACACUUGAGGAGGACGAGGCGGCACUAGCACAGCUGGAGGCGUGGGAAGCGGCAGCAUCAGCAGCGGAGGACGAGGCGAAAACAAGGACAACGUCGGCAGCAGCAGCGGCAGAGGCUAAGGUGGAAACAGCGGACAAAGAGGCGAGCCGCCCCGGUGUCAUGGAGGACGCGGCAACGCUUUCUUCGACGCUGGGGGAACCUGCAGUGGAGCACCGGGCAACCAUUGCGUUGGCUACUGCAGCUGCACUCGGGAACAACAAUGACAGCGUGAACAGUAGCGGCAGUAGCAGCAGCAGUAGCUGCAUCAUGACGGUAACCGAGGCGACGGGGGUCAGGGAGGCUUCCCUGGAGCUCACUCCUCUUCCCCCUCCUUGUUCUGAGUCUCACAUCGGAAGCUCUGCGGCUCCUUCCGGUACAUCCUUGGUAGAUCCCCCGUCCGCAGCUGAGGAGUGCUGCCCCACAGCUCCCCCGGGGCUCCAGGUGGUGGCAGUCGAAGAGCCGGUGGAGCUGCAGCCCCCUGCAGAGCUGGGAGGGGAGGUGGAGAAGUUGCGAACGGUACUCGCGUUCCGGAUAGCCAAGAA